GCAAACUGAACACCAUGGCAACUCUGCCUCUGUGGUGGGAAAAAACUGCAGCAGGAGCGACGCCCUCCACUUUCUCAGACGGGAGGGCGGAGCGAGAGUCCUAGGGAUUCAUCUCUGCAAACAGAGACGAUCUCCACGCAACGGCGCCGUGUUUACAGUAGACUGCAGGCUGUCCGCGCGGGUACCUGCGCGUUAAUCUGCCCAACGAACUACCUGCGCAGCAAUCAAACGACGGGGAAAAACCUUAGUGGACCCACGGACUCAUUUUCACCUUCAAUUUUCUCCAUUUAGGAGGCGAGUUGCCGCUCCCACAACAACACGGCGUGUGGAUGAUGACCGGCUGAGGAGGAGGAGGAGGAGGAGAAGAAGAAGAAGGAGGCUGCGGUCUGAAAACAGAUUUUCCCCUGGAUGUUCCUCCCAGACGCGAUGCUGUUCGCACAACGAGGCUGCGUUUCAACGUAACAUGUCAAGGUGUUUUCCAGUCUCCUCGUGCUUAAGGCGCGCGGCAGUCUGAGCCGUUUUUUUUCUCCUCCUGAGGUCCAUCCAGCCGCGGGACGCUGAAAGGUUUUCUUCUUUCUUUUUUUCGUUUUUUCUUUUCUCCAACCAGAUAUGGAGCGUGAAGAUGUGGACUACAGAGGAUACUCCCGCGCCGCGUUAGUCGACACGCAAUCACCGCACACAUCGGCGUGGCUGAGUCUGUGGCAGGGGGAAGGGGGGCUAUGAGCAGCCGCCGCGUGUCCGGAGGGAGAAAUCGGUGAUUUUUCCGGAGCUCCCGUUGGGAAGCGCGAGAGAGCUACCCUGCUAUUAGCUGCUAGCACCAUUAGCCGGCUAACAGCUAAAAAGGUGCUGACCGCAGAUUAAAAAAAAUAAAAGACGUUUCAACCGCCCCCCACGGCUUCGGUCCACCUUCAUCCCGGCACCAGCUCUUUCUUUUCGGGAUUUGAGCGGGAUUUAGUGCUUCGGGAAUGAGGCCUCCAGCGGAAACGAGGCACUUGACCUUGUUUUGGGGUCUGAUGCUGGCUCUGUCGUCCUGCCUCCGGCCCGCCACCGCAAAGAUUUGUGGGCCCAGCAUCGACAUUGGGAAUGACAUCAACGAAUUCAGGCUUUUGGAGAACUGCACAGUGGUGGAGGGCUACCUGCAGAUCCUCCUUAUUGGCGACAAAAAUAACAACGCCAACCAGGAAGUCUUCCGCUCCCUCAGUUUCCCCAAGCUGACUAUGAUCACCGAUUACCUGCUGCUAUUCCGAGUGUCGGGCCUGGACAGUCUGAGCACGCUCUUUCCCAACCUCACUGUCAUCCGGGGUCGAAAUCUCUUCUACAACUACGCCCUGGUGAUCUUUGAGAUGACCAGCCUGAAAGACAUUGGGCUUUACAACCUGAGGAACAUCACGCGUGGGGCCAUCCGAAUCGAGAAGAAUCCAGAGCUCUGCUACCUUGACUCCAUAGACUGGUCCUCCAUCAUGGAUGCCGAGUUCAACAAUUACAUCGCUGGGAAUAAGCAGUCCAAGGAGUGCAGCGACGUUUGCCUGGGCGUCACGGAGAACAACCCUCUUUGCAGAAAGGCGAUGAUCCGGAACAGCUACAGCUACCACUGCUGGAACUCCAAUCAGUGUCAGAAGGAGUGUCCACCAAGCUGUGGAAGGCGAGCUUGCACCGCUGAGGGGAAGUGCUGCCAUCCGCAGUGCCUGGGCAGCUGCACGGCUCCCGACAGCGACGCGGCGUGCGCGGCCUGCGUGCAUUACUUCCACCAAGGGCGCUGCAUGGCGGACUGCCCUCCAGGCACCUACCGGUUCGAGGGCUGGCGUUGCAUCAGCGCCAAAGUCUGCUCUAAAGUCCACCACCCGGACUUUGACACCUUCGUCAUCCACGGGGGAGAGUGCAUGCCUGAGUGUCCGUCCGGUUACACCCGCUCUGCCACCAACAGCAUGCACUGCACAGCCUGUGAUGGUCUGUGCGACAAAGUCUGCGACGGGAAGGUCAUCGACUCCAUGGAUGCCGCCCAGUCGCUCAAAGGCUGCACCGUGAUCAAAGGAAACCUGCACAUCAACAUCCGCAGAGGCCACAACAUGGUGGCCGAGCUGGAGAGCUUCACGGGUCUGAUCCAGAGGGUGACGGGUUACGUUCGGAUCACCCACUCCCACACACUGACCUCCCUGGCUUUCCUGCGCAGCCUCAGAUACAUCGACGGAGAGACCCUGCUGGAAGACAUGUACGCCUUCUCGGCGUUCGACAACCAGCAGCUCCAGUACCUCUGGGACUGGAAGCAGCACAACCUCACCAUAAAAACAGGAAAGCUGUUCUUCAGAGCCAACCCCAAGCUCUGCAUGUCCGAGAUCCGCAAGAUGUGGACCAAGACGGGCAUCCGGGAGCAUUUUCAGGAGACAGACUUCAGAAACAACGGCGACAGAGCCAGCUGUGAAAGCACAAUCCUGCGCUUCAAGUCCAACAGCACCCAGAGCACCAGGAUCAUCCUGACAUGGGAGCGCUACCGGCCCCCCGACUACAGAGACCUCAUCAGCUUCAUCGUGUACUACAAGGAGGCACCCUUUCAGAACAUCACAGAGUUCGAGGGGCAGGACGGCUGCGGCUCCAACAGCUGGAACAUGGUGGACGUGGAGCUGCGGCCCGAGAAGGACUCGGACCCCGGGGUUCUGCUGUCCGGCCUGAAACCCUGGACGCAGUACGCCAUCUUCGUCAAAGCCGUCACCCUCAUGGUGGAGGACAAGUUCAUGCCCGGAGCCAAGAGCAAAGUGGUGUACAUCCGCACCAGCCCUUCACCACCCACCAUGCCCCGGGACGUGCGGGCGUACUCCAACUCCUCCACCCAGCUGGUGGUCCGCUGGUUGCCCCCCGUCUCACCCAACGGGAACCGGACAUACUACCUCAUAAGGUGGCAACAACAGGCGGAGGACCGCGAGCUGUUCCAGCACAACUACUGCUCCAAAGAGCUGAAGAUCCCUGUGAGGAUCGCUGCCAGAGGCGUCGGAGACCAAGAAGAGGAGACGAAACCCACCAAAUCCGAUACCGAGGGGGCAAAUAAAGGCCCGUGCUGCCUCUGCCCCAAAUCCCCAGAAGUCCUGGAGGCUGAAGCUGCUGACGCCUCCUACAGAAAAGUCUUUGAGAAUUUCCUGCACAAUUCUAUCUUUACGCCAAGGCCGGCUGAUCGGCGCCGAAGAGACGUCUUUGGUAUCGCCAACUCCACAUACGCGGGGCGCCACAAGUCCUUAAGCAACACCAGCGCCGACCCGCCUCCCCACACAGCCGGAAACAGCAGCGGCGCCGCCGAACCGGAGCCGGCCGACCAAGAGUACGAGUUCCUGGAGCAGUCCGUGACGGAGCGUGAGCUGCAGAUCUCCGGCCUCCAGCCCUUCACCGUUUACCGCGUCGACGUUCACGCCUGCAACCGACAAGUCAAGGAGUGCAGCGCCGCCGAGUUUGUGUUCUCCAGAACCAAACCAGCCGAAAAGGCCGAUGACGUACCAGGCCCGGUGACCUGGGAGGGCCACAAAGACUGGGUGUUUCUGCGCUGGCCUGAGCCGUCCCAUCCCAACGGGCUUAUCCUCCUCUACGAGAUCAAGUACAAACUGGCUGCAGAGAGCGAGAAACACGAGUGCGUGUCCAGACAGCUCUACCAGACCCAGCAGGGCGUUCGGCUGACCAACCUCAGUCCAGGAAACUAUUCAGUCAGAGUGAGAGCCACGUCACUGGCCGGCAACGGCUCCUGGACGCCACCGCUGGACUUCUACGUGGCAGAAAGAUACGAAAGCGCGCUGUACGCCAUGGUCUUCGUUCCCAUCAUCAUCGUCAUCCUGAUCAGCUGCAUGGUCGUCAUGUUGGUCGCCCUCAACAGGAAAAGGAACAGCGACCGGCUUGGAAACGGAGUCCUGUACGCCUCGGUGAACCCGGAGUACUUCAGCGCUGCGGAAAUGUACGUACCAGACGAGUGGGAGGUGGCGCGCGAGAAGAUCACCCUGUGCCGGGAGCUGGGUCAGGGGUCGUUCGGCAUGGUGUACGAGGGCGUGGCCAAAGGCGUGGUCAAAGACGAACCGGAGACCAAGGUCGCCGUCAAGACGGUUAACGAGUCGGCCAGCAUGCGGGAGAGGAUCGAGUUCCUCAACGAGGCGUCGGUCAUGAAGGAGUUCAACUGUCACCAUGUGGUUCGACUCCUGGGUGUGGUCUCCCAGGGCCAGCCCACCCUGGUCAUCAUGGAGCUGAUGACGAGAGGAGACCUGAAGAGUUACCUGCGCUCGCUGCGACCUAAAGAGCAACAGUGGUCCAGCCUGUCUCUUCCUCCUCUGAAGAAGAUGCUUCAGAUGGCGGGGCAGAUCGCUGACGGCAUGGCGUACCUCAACUCCAACAAGUUUGUCCACCGAGACCUGGCAGCCAGGAACUGCAUGGUGGCCGAAGACUUUACCGUUAAAAUCGGAGACUUUGGCAUGACCAGAGACAUCUAUGAGACGGAUUACUACCGUAAAGGGGGCAAAGGUUUGCUCCCCGUCCGCUGGAUGUCGCCCGAGUCUCUGAAGGACGGCGUCUUCACCACCAACUCCGAUGUCUGGUCGUUUGGAGUUGUGUUGUGGGAGAUCGCCACCCUGGCAGAGCAGCCGUACCAGGGUCUGUCCAACGAGCAAGUGCUCCGCUUUGUCAUGGAGGGGGGGCUGCUGGAAAAGCCGCAGAACUGUCCCGACAUGCUGUUCGAGCUGAUGCGAAUGUGCUGGCAGUACAAUCCUAAAAUGCGUCCGUCCUUCGUGGAAAUCAUCGGCAGCGUAAAGGACGAGCUCGACCCGUCUUUCAAAGAGGUCAGCUUCUAUUACAGCGCCGACAACAAGCCCGCCGAGGCCUCGCAGCUCCACCCUGACAAGGUGGAGGCCCCAGAGGACGCCCCAGAGGACCCCCAGACCCCCCAGCAGACGCCUCCAUCGCCCAGCUCGGAGGUCCUGCCAGCCUCCCCGCUGGCCCAAAGCUCUCUUUCAUCGCCGUGCACGUCGAGCACGGUCACGGACAAGCAGCCCCCGGGCCAGCAGGCGGCCAAUGGGCUCUCGGGGGCGGGCCUUCCGGCGGCGUCGGCCGGCUCGAGCGUCACACUUCGGCCUUCUCUGGACGAACUGCCUCCGUAUGCUCACAUGAACGGAGGGCGCAAAAACGAGCGUGCCAUGCCACUCCCACAAUCCUCAGCCUGCUGAUCCCCCACUCCCUCCUGUCAGACUGCAACACCCCCCCCACACACACACACACACACACACACACCAUCACCACCGGAAGAGCCCAAGUCUCCAUGGGUAAAAAUUCACAGCGAGAGCUUCUUCAUCAGAUAGAUUUGGAAGAGGAGUCCACGUUCUGCUGUUGCUCCAAACAUUUCCUCUUUAGUGUCACUUCCUGCCAGCAGCUGGUGGUGGUUAACGUCGCCGCCGCCGCCGCCGCUGCCGCCGCCGCUGCUGCCGCUGCUGCUACUGGGUGGGAAAACCAAAAAUCUCAACAGAAACUGCAAAAGGAUAAAACUCCAGCUUUUUCUUCAUGGCUUAACUUGUUUUAUAAGAAAAAGAAACUGUUGUUUAUUACGUUUUGUACUUGUUUCCAAAUACCUUAACAGAAAUCGUGGGCCUUUAAAAAAGAAGCGUGGGUUCACUUUUGGGUCGGGCAUUACAGAAAAAAAGCAUAUCUAAAUGAAGAAGAAGCGCUACCGUCAGUCUGGCUGUUCCGCGCCGUGGGUUCGGCGCCACGUCGGCAGCCACUUCCUGUCCAACAACCCUGGGGAGGAACAGCCAGCUCUGCCAAAUUAAUUGCCAAAAUUUCUACUGUUUUCAGAUUCUCUUUCACUCUCCAGCGUUUUCGGAAUAGAAACCCACAAAAGCACUUUCAUCUGCCAAUUUCCACCAGUCUGCAAUCAAGGAGGGGGGGGGGAGCGUUUUUUUUUUUUUUGUUUAUCCAACCCCUCCGUGUUACAACCUGCAGCUUUUUCCAUCUGAUCAUUUCAGCCACGCCUCGGCGCAGACUGCCGCUCGGUCGCAGGCACGCCGCCGAGCGCAGCGGAUUCACAAAAGUACUUUAUCAAAACGAGAACUCCAGCGAGGAGGACCUCCACCGCCGCCGUUCUCUUCAGAGACACACAAAACAGGUAUUUUUUUAAAAACUUGUCCAUACUCUUCAAAAGUCACAGCGUCUACAUGUGGGCGGAGCAUUUACGUACACGAGAGUUGUUUGUCACUUUUCUAAGUUUUAUACAGUUGAAGAUUUUCAUCAUCUUACAGAAAGAAGCUGCUAUUCUGUAUUUCUCUUGUGGUUGUAAUAUAGUCUAUAUCUCUCUCUCUAUAUAUAUAUAUAUAUUAAAAAAGUAAAGACGACUCCUUCAGGUUGGAUUCAGAACAUUUCCACUGCGGUUCGUUUUCUAAUGCUCGUCGUUGUGUGAAGUGGAUCUGAGCUGGUUUGGUUUCAGAAAGGUACGACAAUUUUGCCUUAUUAUUUGGAGCGCCAGUAACUUCCCAGCAUCUGGUUAAGAGACGUUGAUGAAGCCGGUGGCCGACAAUGCCCGUCUUUUUUGUGUUUGUUCUUUAUUUGGGGAGGGGGCUUUGACAUCAAAUUUGUUUUAGGGUUGGACAAGACCUCAUCCAUCUGUUUGGACCCUUUAGUCCCAGCCAAAUCUCAGGUCAAAUAGAGAAAUUAAAGUCGUUUUUGCUCUUUUUUUUCUUUUCAGAUUGGGGGGUAUUUAACUCAUCCUGAUUCCAUUGUUGGUUAUUUUUCUAUUUCAAUUGAGCUAUCACUGAUCAAAUGUGAAGUUUGUCACCACAGUGUCUCCAACCUUUUUCAUCGGUUCUGCCACCAACUAUGUAUGUAUGGAACCCAAACACUGACAAAAAGUAGAAAUUGGAAUCUCAAUUUAUUCCAUUAGUUAAUUUUUCUAUUAAUUAACAUAAUCAUGCAGUAUCCUCUCUGUGACGGCUUACAUUUGUUCCUGUAUUAGAUUUUCUUCCUAGCUUUUAGCUAGCCGCCUAGCUAAUUUAAGCUAACUUUAGCCAUAAAAAAGACACCAUCACAUCCGAACUCUUGUAGUGUAUUGCAAACUGUCAUGGCUGCAUUUAUAUAAAUUAGAUCGCUUCCUAACAUAUGGCAUAUAUACCAGCAAAGCUUCCUUUACGUGUCCAUGAGAGUUUUUACUAGCUGGAAAAGGCUAAUGACAACUGCUAGCUAGCUCAAAACUAAUAAGAAAACUUUAUCAAUUGUAAUUUAUUUUUGUUAACAAAUCCAUAAAAAUACUUGCCUUUAAAUUAAAUUAAGAUCAUAAGACAACUCGAUUUUAUAGAAAACAUUUGUGGGGGGACUCGUAGCUAACCACUUAGAAGGCUAACUGGCUAAAACUGCAGUUUUUUGUUUUUAUACAUCAAACCAUUAUUAAAGUUAAAAUAUGUGUUGUAUACUUUGACAGUACAUUAUUUUUCAAUACUUCUAAUUGUAAAAAUAAACUAAUCUGGUAAGAAAAAAAUGGUUAUGCUAAAAAAGCUACAAAGGUCAUUGUUGUUUUGUUUUCUUAAGCUAAAAAAUGUCACCAUAUUACCGUAGAUUGUUUUGUAAAACAUAAAAUAGUUUAUUACUUUAAAGACAAACAGGAACAAUGUGACUUAAAUUUCAAAAUGAUGGAAACUGUUUGGAUAUGAAAUAACGAAGAGUAAAUUGAGCGUUUAGUCCUUAAAUUGAUUGUUUAGAUUCUGAUUUUUGACCCUUUUACUACUUUUUGUCAGUUUGAGUGUUCUAUAGCUUCCAAUGUUGGUUUUCUAAAGAGUUUUUUCUUUUGUCGGUAUAGUAAAGUAUUAAUGUUUGUUCAAAAUUAAUUUGGAAAAUUAAGAUUUCCUGAAAGAAAAUAAAUCACUGGUGGGACAAACUUCAAAGGAAGAUCAAAGAACUGUGUGUACGUUUUAUUAGGACUUCAGUUGAUCAAAUUUAACUUCAAACCGGUCAGAGAGGACCACAUCAGUGAGAUUUAUUCACAUUAAAAGGGUACAUUGAAGAUUCCCAGGCUUGGUGUUUGUUCACUAUUUAUUUUAUUUUUUUAUUUAAUUUUCUUGAGAAGUGUAAAUCACUGUACAAAAAUCCCUUUUCCCUGAAUUAAUUUUUUACAAUUCUUUUUUUUUUUUUUUUUUUUUUUGGUUAAUUUGAGAGAAACUAUACGUUGUUAUUCCUUCAACCAUCCAUCUACCUCACAGGUUUGGUUUUUUUUUUCAAACUCUUUCUGAGUUGAAAGAACAUCUCAUCUGUUGUGCGGCUGUUUGGACAAUCUGAUUGGGUGUUGGUUGUUUUACACGGUCAAAUUCAAACCACAAACCUUUCUGGGAUGGGGUGGGAGGAGGGGCUCAGAAACAUGGUUUCAAGAACUCAUCUAUUUCAGGAUUUUCCUGAUUGCAUUCUUUUUUUUUUCCAGACUUUUCUAAAACUACAGUGAACAUGGAGACAAUGACCAAAAGCUGUAACUGUCGGUUUUUGGAUUAAUGGACCAAAAUCUGCAUCUUUGGAGCUCUUAAUUGGAUAAUUGUCUAGAAAGCGCGUUAGAAUCAAUUACCCAUCGCCACCAUGUGUCACUUUCCAGAGGCUUGAGUCACAUGAUAUUUACAAACUACUAACAGACGUUCAUUUGCGGGGUCAUUUAUUAUGAAUGAUGGUAAUCAAAGCAACAACUUCCUGCUUGUUUAUCUGAACUUUUUGUUUUUUCACCACCAGAACGAAACAUUUCUGACUGUUCACUGUUAGCUGAGGUUUGUUUACUGCAGUUCCAGUUCCUGUAAUGAGCCUUCAUGUCUUAACACAACAGUUGUUGGAUGAGGAAUUCUGAGUUCAACAUAGCAGACCUUUCCUGGGGUUUGGGUGGGUAUUUCAGUGUUUGUGGUCUGAUUUUUGCCUCAUUUACCACUGAAACACCCGUUAGAGCCGUCAAUAAGAACAUGAACGCUUUGGUUUUUCACUUUUUCUACUUUUUUUUUUAAGUUUCUUUUUUUUUGUUCGUUAUAUUGACGGUCAAUAUUUUUUGAAAUGUAUAAAUAAUUCAUAGCCUUCCAAGUCUUACAUUUCUGUUGAAAUGAUGUUAGGCUGAGGUUUCAUUUUGAUUUUUUUUUUCUCUUUUGUACAUGCUGUUGUAAGAUUUUUCCUGUUAUGAAUACAUACUGAGAAACCAGGAAAAAUGACUGGCUGAAAGAGAAGAGAAUGUCUAUUUCUCUUUGUUUCUUUUUUCUACACAGAUUUAAGAUGAAUAAAAAUGUAUGCAAACUA